CCGGGGUGCGGGGCUCGGGCGGCGUUGCCGCAGCCCACCUCACGGUGCCCGGUCUCGGGGCCUGCCCGCCGCCCCUGCCCCUGGUGGCCAGAGGGGCACUUGCUGGAGGCCUGAGGGCAGUUGGACCUCAGGGGUCAGAGGCCAGGGCUCAGGCCGGGCCUGGGGCUCAGGGCAGAGGCUGGGCUAAGCACACCGGGAAUGGGGGGAGCCCCGAAGGGAACGCCGGAGACCUGGGCUCCGAGCUGGCCAUCCCGCGAGCUGGGUGACCGCCCCUGCACACCGUGCCCCUCGGUUGGAGGAUGGGACGGCAGCACCCAGGGCAAGGGAAGUCGGUGAGAUGGGAAAGCUGAGGUCCCAGGAGGGGAAGUGACAACCGGCUUCUCAGACCCAGGCGCUUCACCUGGCUACGGGAACCAGGUGGAUCCCUGGUGGCCGGCGCCCAUGCCCUGAGGUGGCCCGGCGCCCCGCGCUCAGCUCAGCAUGCCGUGGGACGCGCGGCUCGGGGGCGGCGCCGACGGCGGGCCCGAAGGUGCGGGGGCCGCCCGCUCGCGGGCGCAGAAGCAGUGCCGGAAGUCGUCCUUCGCCUUCUACCAGGCCGUGCGCGACCUGCUUCCGGUGUGGCUGCUGGAGGACAUGCGCGCCAGCGAGGCCUUCCACUGGGACGAGCGCGGGCGCGCGGCCGCCUACUCGCCGUCGGAGGCGCUGCUCUACGCGCUCGUGCACGACCACCAGGCCUACGCGCACUACCUGCUGGCCACCUUCCCGCGCCGCGCGCUCGCCCCGCCCAGCGCCGGCUUCCGCUGCUGCGCCGCGCCCGGCCCGCACGUGGCCCUGGCCGUGCGCUACAACCGCGUGGGCAUCCUGCGCCGCAUCCUGCGCACCGUGCGCGACUUCCCGGCCGAGGAGCGCGCGCGCCUGCUGGACCGGAGGGGCUGCAGCCGCGUGGAGGGCGGCGGCACGGCGCUGCACGCCGCCUGCGAGCUGGCGCGCCCCGAGUGCCUCUUCCUGCUGCUGGGCCACGGCGCCUCGCCGGGCCUGCGCGACGGCGGCGGCCUCACGCCGCUCGAGCUGCUGCUGCGCCAGCUGGGCCGCGACGCCGGGCCCGCGCCCCCCGCCGCCGCCGCCGCCCCCGGGGCCGCCCCCGCCGCCCCCGCCGGCCCCGGGGAGCCGCGGCAGCGCCGCCUGCUGCUGCUCGACCUGCUGGCGCUGUACGCCCCCCCCGCGGGCGCCGCCGGCCGCGCCGAGCUGCUGGGCGACCGGCCGCGCUGGCAGCGGCUGCUGGGCGAGGACAAGUUCCAGUGGCUGGCGGGGCUGGCGCCGCCCUCGCUCUUCGUGCGCGCCAUGCAGGUGCUGGUCACCGCCAUCUCCCCGGGCCGCUUCCCCGAGGCCCUGGACGAGCUGCCGCUGCCGCCCUUCCUGCAGCCCCUGGACCUCACGGGCAAGGGCUAGGCCCGGGGCCCCCGAGCGUUGUACCUGGCACUUUACAUACACUGGCCUCCGCGCACAA